GUGUGUGUGAGACUCUCAUGGCUGCAGACGUGCAGGAGAUUCCAAAACUUCAACUUGAAGCCGUUAUUGGGUUCAAUGGUCAUGUGAUCUCGGGACUGCACAUGCACCCGGACCGAGAGCACCUGAUCUACCCGCUCGGCUCCACGCUGGUCAUCAAGAACCUGCAGGACGGGAGGCAGGACUUCCUCCACCACCGACACACCAACAACAUCUCCUGUGUGUCUGUGUCCAGGACAGGGACCUACGUGGCGUCAGGACAGGUCAACUUCAUGGGCUUUAAGGCUGAUGUGAUCAUCUGGGAUAACAGUAAAAGUGAGAUUCACGCUCGCCUCGUCCUCCACCAGGCCAAAGUGGAAGCUCUGUCUUUCUCUCCCAAUGAGACGUACCUGGUGACUCUGGGGGGACAAGACGACGGCAGCAUCGUGGUGUGGAACGUGGAGAAGAAGGAGGCGAUCUGUGGGAGUCUGGUGUCGGCUCAAGGUGCAGGUCACUGUCUCACCGUCAGCUGCUGCAACCUGAGCGAAGACGUCUUCAUCUCAGCCGGACAUGGCACGCUCCGUGUGUGGGAGCUCGACCUCCCCAACAGGAAGAUCCGGCCCACAGAGUGCCAGCUGGGCCCGUUGAAGAGGGUUAUUACGUGUAUAGAGAUCCCAGAGGACGAUGUUUUCUUUUACUGCGGCACCACGAGCGGAGACGUCCUGAAGGUGAACCUGAAGAGUCGCCUGCUGAACGGCCACGGCCCGGCCAAGCACAAGUUCAGCAAAGGUGUGUCUGCUCUGAAGAUGCUGAAGACGGGAGAUUUGUUGGUGGGAUCAGGAGAUGGAACAGUCGUCCUCUGCUCGAGCAUAGACUUCAAAACCAUCAGGAGCGUGACGCUGGAGGGCGGCGUGUCGUCCGUGGCUCUGCGUGGUGAGGGUCAGCAGGUGUUCGUGGGCACCGAGGCGUCUCAGAUCUACAGGUUGGGUUACACGGACUUCACGUCCGAGCUUAUCGCCUCCAGCCACUGCAAUGCAGUUUGGGACGCGGCCUUCCCCAUAGGAACGUCAGAGCUCUUUGCCACGUGUUCUCAGGAUGAUAUCCGCGUCUGGCACACAGAGUCCAGCAAAGAGCUUUUACGGAUCCGGAUCCCGAACAUGACGUGUAACGCGCUGGGCGUCAUGCAGGACGGCCUGAGCAUCUACAGCGCGUGGAACGAUGGGAUGAUCCGCCUGUUCACUCCUGAGAGCGGCCGUCUCAUGAUGAUGAUCCCUAAUGCUCACAGUAUGGGCGUGACGGCGAUAAAGAGCACCAGCGACUGCACGCGCCUCGUUAGUGGAGGAGGAGAAGGCCAGGUGCGAGUGUGGCAUAUCCUGCACAACACACACAGACUCAUCGCCAGCAUGAAGGAGCACAAAGCUUCAGUCAACUCCAUCAAGAUUAAAAGUAACAAUGAGGAGUGUGUGACGGCGAGCUCCGACGGAACCUGCAUCAUCUGGGACAUGGUUCGGUUUGUAAGGAAUCAAAUGAUUCUGGCAAACACACUGUUCAAAAGCGUCUGCUAUCAUCCUGACGAAUAUCAGAUCCUCACCAGCGGAACGGACCGAAAGAUUGGCUACUGGGAGGUGUAUGAUGGAGCAGCUGUUAGAGAGCUGGAGGCCUCGCAGUCCGGGGCCAUUAACGGCAUGGACAUCAGCGCUGAUGGAGAACAUUUCAUCACUGGUGGUGAUGACAAGCUGGUAAAGGUGUGGCGUUAUGUAGACGGUGAUGUCACACAUGUGGGCGUCGGCCACAGUGGUAGCAUCACCAGCGUGUGUGUGUCUCCCAACAAGAGAUUUAUCAUCACCACCAGCGCAGACGGAGCCUUGCUCAGGUGGAGAUUCCCAAACUCCACAAGCUCAUAGACCCUAAAACCCAGAGCAGUGUUAGCCAUUUUUCCUUUACACACUGACCUCCGUCCGUCACCGAUCACUGUUGAUGACGGAUUGCGCUUUAAUAAGCUUGGACAUGCCCUGCUGCGGCUGUACAGACCGAUCCAUGAGUGGCAGUACCUGGAGACGUCACUGCAGGUGAAGUUUGGUGGUUUGCUUGUGUUUGAUAAACGCUGCUGUUGUUUAAAAGCCCUGUGCUCACAGCAAUCGGUCUUGGUCUCGAGAACACGGUACUUAGUAAGCUAUCUCCAAUGCGAGCAGGCUGUAGGUGUCUCUUUCCAUGUCUCUACAUCGACAUGGGCUGAUCUUUUGGACGUGUCAUGGUAACAGAGGAUUUCUGGCCUCAUACCGCUUUUAACUUGGCCAGAGAGAAGGCCACUGGGAGGUGCAAUCACUUCCCAUGCAUCUUGUCAUGACGCCAAGUAUUCUUCUGAGACAUCUCAUAUAGAAGACGUUCAGCCUAGCCUCCUGGUGUGCGAAUAUUGCCCAAGUUUCACUUUCAUAAAGGAGAGUAUUCUCUUGGGGCACUUUGAUCUUUGUGUUUGAGGCUAAGUUCCUGUUUUUCCACACUCUCUUCAAAAUCACAGACACUGCAUUACUAAUUCCUAAAUUGAUUUCUGUGUCCAGUGACACGUUAUUGGAUAUACUGAAGCCCAGGUAGACUCAAUAUGCCAUUGAUGGAAGUUAAUUUGGGGAGAUGUGGAGUCCUGAGCCAUGAUCAGAAUCUUUUUUACACUUAUUGUCAGGGAAAACUCACUGCAGACAUGGGCAGGUCUGUCCAUGAGUCAGUGUAGCCAACCACGGCAGCGUCAUCUGUGGACAACAUCUCCCUCAGUAGGACGAGGGUGAUCUUAGACUUUCAAUCUUUCCAUCGAGACUGACAGUGCCUGUUAUGUCUAUAAAGCUAAGUAAAGUUGGUGGGUAUCCAAUCCUUUGCAAGAUCUUAAAGAAGCUGCUGUGGCUGACCAAGUCAAAGGCCUUGGACAGGUCAAAUUGCGAGGUAGCGUGGCUGCUGUUCUCUGCAUUUUUCUUGGAGCUGCCUCACAGAAAAUAUCAUAUCAGUUGUUCUAAUCAGGAGCCAUAUUGGGACUCUGGAUAGAUCCUGUUGAAGAAAACUCUAGCGAAUACCUUGCCAGCCACGCUGAGGAGGCCUAUUCCCCUGUAGUUAUUACAAUCACUUCCAUCUCUUUUGUUCUUGAAGCAUGUGACUGUCUUUGCAUUACGCAUGUCCUGAGGUAUUUCUUCCUCCUUCCAGCGGCGACAAUGUGAUUCAUGCAGAUAAUGAAUUAGGACUGGCUUUCAUUUUGUGAUGACCCCUGGGGGAUUGAGUCGUUUCCCGGGGCUUUCCUAUUAGCCAAUGUAUCAACUGCCUUGCCGAGUUUUCUGCAGUUGGUAUGUUGUCUAGCUCUGCCAGGAUGGUCAGCUGUGAGAUACGGUUGAAAGCUUCUUCAGAUAUUGUAUUCUUUGUGGAACUGUGUUCCAGGUAGCGUUUCACCCUCAGAGGUGUUGUCUGACUGAAGGUCU